ACACACACACACACACAUAUACUGCUGAUCUGGAAUCCGUCCAUUGGAAAGUGUCACCCAUAUUUUAGUCUCUGAUCCCAUUACUCACAGUCUCAAACACCCUCCCACCCAAAUCAUUUCUUCAUCUGCUUUUCGUACUCUCAAACAGCUCUCAUUGACCUCAAGUGGAUUUAUUCACCUCUUGAAAAAUCUCUACAGUAGCUUUUGAAGAUUUUCAUCUGACUUCAGCUGUAUUUGCCACCAUGGAGAAGGAGAAGGGCUCUCUGAGCGGCAGUAUGGAUCUGUAUCGCAGUUGGUUUGGUCCUACAACUCCAAGACCUCCUCUACAAAACUACCUGCUCCUGACCAUCCUCACCUGCUUCUGUCCGGCUUACCCCGUCAACAUUUUAGCCCUCGUCUUCUCUGUAAUGUCCAGGAACAGUUAUGAUCAAGGAGACUAUGAGGGUUCGAGGCGUUUAGGGAAGAUGGCUCUUUAUGUGUCCAUCGCCUCCAUUAUCAUCGGCAUCCUCAUCAUCAGCAUCUUCUGCGCUGUGCACCUCAGCUCGAACGAAUAAGGUCAUGGUGCGUUUGUCCUGCUGUCCUCUGGAGGAUGAUGAACAUCGAUUUUUAGCAUGAAACCAAAAGCAGGACUGAUCCAGCACAGGACAAGGUCUGCUCUCCUAAUGCAACAUGGCAUAUCCUGUAGAAAAGAGAGAAGGGCAAGAGAAAUUGCAGUUUUUCACUAUUAUUGUAUGCACCUUUAAUAUAUUUACAUUCAUGCCAAAAUACUGAAUAUGUAAACAACUGUGUAACUCAUGCAUGUCUCAGAAAUGUUCUGUGGCAACUAGUCUUUAUAUAUAUAUUCAGGUUUAAGAAGUUUCAUUGCAAAACACAAUGACCUUAAACAGUAAAUGUGAUUACAGCACAGCACACUGUUUACAGUCCUCAAGUCUUAAAGGGGAUGUAAAAUAAGCCUCUGAUGUCCCUAGAGUGUGUAUGUGAAGUUUCAGCUUAAAAUAGCCCACAAAUAAUGUGUUAUAACUCUUUCAAACUGACCCUUUUAGGCUUUGAUCCUAAUUGUGUGAUUUUGGUGACUGUCGCUUUAAAUUCAAAUGAGAUAGUGCUCUUUUCAAAAGAGGGCGGAGCUACAAAUGCCUGCGUGUCAGCAUAGUGGCAGAUUCAAAAACAAGACUAAUGAUAUAUGCUAAUGAGGGAGAGAUGGUCACUAGUGGGCGGGGCUUUCCCCCUCUGAUGACACGUACAAAGAGAGAACGUCAAUCAAAGUGUUUCUGCUGACAUGGAGUGUGAUUAUAAAAAAUGAAAUGUAUACAUUUUUUACUAUUAGAAGCUGGUUAUAUCCACACACUGCUGCCGCACAACUGUGUUUAAACCUCUAUAAAUGUGAUUUUAGCAUAACAGAUUUUAAAUUGAAUUAAUAAACUAGUCAUGUGGAGAUACUGAAUAUGUAAAUAUGAAUUUUUUUUUUAAUUUGCCUUAAAGGUCUUAAUUUUAUAACGAUUUUAGAUUUCUUUUGAGAUUACAGAUUUUGUUUGUGUGAGUCUGAACAGGUUUGACUCAUGUAUUAGUUCAUUGUGGAGCGAGUCUAUGUUUGUGCUGUCAAAUAUUUUAGAAUGAGCACAAUUCUGGAUUAAAUGUUUUGAUGAAUUUGUCAUAUUUAAAUAAACUUCAUUAAUAAAGCACAA